GAGCCACCAUGUCACCGUUCCUUCGAAUUGGGCUGUCCAACUUUGACUGUGGGUCCUGCCCGUCUUGUCAGGGCGAGGCGGUUAACCCCUACUGUGCCGUGCUUGUCAAAGAGUAUGUGGAAUCAGAGAGCGGGCAGAUGUACAUUCAGAAGAAGCCCACCAUGUACCCGCCCUGGGACAGCACUUUCGACGCCCACAUCAACAAGGGGCGGGUAAUGCAGAUCAUCGUGAAGGGCAAGAAUGUGGACCUCAUAUCCGAAACCACCGUGGAGCUCUACUCACUGGCCGAGAGAUGCAGGAAGAACAACGGGAAGACAGAGAUCUGGUUAGAGCUGAAACCUCAAGGCCGAAUGCUAAUGAAUGCAAGAUACUUUCUGGAAAUGAGUGACACAAAGGACAUGAGCGAAUUUGAAGCAGAAGGCUUCUUUGCUCUGCACCAUCGCCGGGGAGCCAUCAAGCAGGCCAAAGUCCACCACGUGAAAUGCCACGAGUUCUCCGCCACCUUCUUCCCACAGCCCACUUUCUGCUCGGUCUGCCAUGAGUUUGUCUGGGGCCUGAACAAGCAGGGCUACCAGUGCCGACAAUGCAAUGCAGCCAUUCACAAGAAGUGUAUCGAUAAAGUCAUCGCCAAGUGCACAGGAUCAGCUGUGAACAGCCGAGAGACCAUGUUCCACAAGGAGAGAUUCAAAAUUGACAUGCCGCACAGAUUCAAAGUCUACAACUACAAGAGCCCAACCUUCUGCGAGCACUGCGGGACCCUGCUGUGGGGGCUGGCGCGGCAGGGGCUCAAGUGUGAUGCAUGUGGCAUGAACGUACACCACAGAUGCCAGACGAAGGUGGCCAACCUUUGCGGCAUCAAUCAGAAGCUGAUGGCCGAAGCGCUGGCGAUGAUCGAGAGCACCCAGCAGGCUCGCUGCUUAAGAGACACUGAGCAGAUCUUCAGAGAAGGUCCCGUUGAAAUUGGUCUCCCAAGCUCCAUCAAAAGUGAACCAAAGCCGCCAUCCUUACCAACACCGGGAAAGAAAGAGCCGCAGGGAAUCUCCUGGGAGUCUCCCGCGGACGAGGCAGAUAAACCAUGCCAGGAUCCUACACCAGAACGGAAAGCGGAAAGGCCGGCUCUCCACAUGAAACUGAAAAUCGAGGAUUUUAUCUUGCACAAAAUGCUGGGGAAAGGAAGUUUUGGCAAGGUCUUCCUAGCAGAGUUCAAGAAAACCAAUCAAUUUUUCGCAAUAAAAGCCUUAAAGAAAGACGUGGUCUUGAUGGACGACGAUGUCGAGUGCACGAUGGUGGAGAAGAGAGUCCUCUCCUUGGCCUGGGAGCACCCGUUUCUCACCCACAUGUUCUGCACCUUCCAGACCAAGGAGAACCUCUUUUUUGUGAUGGAGUAUCUCAACGGAGGAGACUUAAUGUACCACAUUCAGAGCUGCCACAAGUUCGAUCUCUCCAGAGCAACGUUCUAUGCUGCGGAAAUCAUUCUCGGUCUGCAGUUCCUCCAUUCCAAGGGAAUCGUCUACAGGGACCUGAAGCUGGAUAAUAUCCUCUUAGACAAAGACGGGCACAUCAAAAUAGCGGACUUCGGGAUGUGCAAGGAGAACAUCCUGGGCGACGCCAGGACAAACACCUUCUGCGGGACGCCCGACUACAUCGCCCCCGAGAUCUUGCUGGGUCAGAAGUACAACCACUCUGUGGACUGGUGGUCCUUCGGGGUGCUCCUCUAUGAGAUGCUGAUCGGCCAGUCGCCCUUCCACGGCCAGGACGAAGAGGAGCUCUUCCACUCCAUCCGCAUGGACAGUCCCUUUUACCCUCGGUGGCUUGAGAAGGAGGCAAAGGACCUCUUGGUGAAGCUCUUCGUGCGAGAACCUGAGAAGAGGCUGGGCGUGAGGGGAGACAUCCGCCAGCACCCUUUGUUUCGGGAGAUCAACUGGGAUGAACUUGAGCGGAAGGAGAUCGACCCACCUUUCCGGCCUAAAGUGAAAUCAGCGUAUGACUGCAGCAACUUCGACAAGGAGUUCUUAAAUGAGAAGCCACGUCUGUCCUUCGCCGACCGCGCGCUGAUCAACAGUAUGGACCAGAACAUGUUCAGGAACUUUUCCUUCAUUAACCCGGGGAUGGAGAGGCUGAUUUCCUGACUCCUCCAGAGACGCGAAGGGAUUUGCCUUCUCUUUGGGACCCAGUCUAAGCAACACUCCUAGGAUUCCUUUUUCAACUUGGAAAA